AUGAUGCUACGCGACAAGAGAAAAAGGAGAAAGGGGAAAGAGGAAGGCGGGGGGGGGAAGAGGGGAAGGCAGGCUGGGGGCUUGGGGAUGCCACCAGGGGCUCAAGGAGACAGUCGAGGGCUUGAAAAGGUGGGCUGGGGCCUCGGAGAGGCUUGGGGGCUUGGGGAGGUGGGUCAGGGGCUCGGGGCUUGGGGAGGCAGUCGAUGGCUAUCAGAAGCUGGAUCCGAUGAUGAGGGAAAGAGUGGGAUCGGAGGUAGUCGGAGGGAGGCAGACCAAGGGCUCGGGGAGGUGGGAGAAGGUCGGGGGCUCUUGAUCGGGAGCUCGAGGAGGCAGGAGGUGGUCGGAGGUUUGAGAAGGCGGUUGAAGGCUCGAGGAUGUGGGAGAAGGUCGGAGGCUCUCAAUUGGGGGCUCGAGGAGGCAGGAGAAGGUCGGGGGCGUGUCGUUGGGGGCUUAAAGAGGUGGGAGGUGGCUGGGGGCUCGAGGAGGUGGGAUCCAAUAGUCGGGGGCUCGAAGAAGCAGGAUCCAACGACCGAAGGCUCGGAGAGGUGGGAUCCGACAGUGGGAGAAAGAGGGAGAUCGGAGGUGGGGUAA